AAAGUGAGAGAUUUUUGUAAAUUUAUGAGCUAUAUUUAAGCCAUUUGAGUAGUUACUGUUAUUUUCAUAUAAGCAGAAUUUCUUCAUCUAAACUAAGCUCGAAUAAUUUUGUUUUGUCGGCUGCUAAAAUGUUUUUAAAUCGGUUGCGGCAAGGAUUCUUAUCAAUUAAUAGAAUUGCGUUGAUCAGCGUUGCGGAGAAUCGUUUUUCACACUUGCCUUCUCCGGAAAAUAACAAAGCCUUUAGCAUACUAAAAGACAUGCGAAAAUGUGAAAAUUUAUGGAAGAAAACAAAAGCGUCUGAUAUGUUUUACAGGCAUUUAUGUGAUUGUUUUUCAAGAAAUGAAAGAUCAUCUUCUUACAUUAUUAAUAUAAUGCGGCUUGCUUGCGAUAAUUGUAACUUUUCUACUGAAUUAAUGUUUAACUUUAUUUCUGCUUUUAAAAGAUAUGUUGAAAACAAUUCUGUUCGGUUUGAUUUUAAUAGAGAACAAAAAUUAGAAAUUUUAGGUUAUCUGUUGAAUUAUAAAAACUACCAAAUUCUCAAGUUAGCUUGUGAUGCAUUUAAUAUUUCGAGUGAAGAAAAAACUUCUUUUCAAGACUUUGUAAGGGAUCUUCUACACCAAGAAAAAAUUUCUGAGGCUGCAUAUUGUAUUAGUGUUUUGAACUUACAGAAGGAAUAUCCCAUUGAAAAGAUAAUCCUUCAACUUUUACAUGAUAAUAAGUGGGGUCCUGCUAUGUCAUUCCUUAAAGAAAGUCCAGAGUUACGGUUACAGACAGCAAAGCUCCUAGAUAGUUUGAUUGUUAGAGAAAUUAAUUCUGGAGGCAUUUCAUUGAGUUCUAGACAAGCUUAUCGAGUUCUAGCUGCUAUUGUAAAAACAUUUAAAAUUCCAACUGUGGAAUGUAAAAAUCUUCAUUUUGCUCGCAGCAAGGGAGCUAUAAAUCUUUUAAUUCGUAGAAGCUAUCAGAAAUCAAUCUCUGAAGCAACAUGGGAAGAUAUGGUGAUGAAAAUAGUUGGAGAUGAUCAAGGUCUGAAAGAGCAUUUAUUAAUCAAACUUAUGCAUUACGGGAAUAAAGAAACUGCAGUUGAAAUGAAAGAGAAAUUAAGAGUGCAUGAUUUUGAUCUUGAUGCUGUUGCUGUUCUGUCAUCUCUUAAUAAGAGUUCGGAUGCUGAGCUGGAUGAACUUGAAACAGAAGAUGAAACUGAAAAAUCUGAUGCUAAUUUGACUUUCAGCUUGUCUUCCUCUGACAUAAAAUUUAUUCAAUCAAGAAGCUGUUAUCUUGAAUGUAUUGCAGAUAUAUCAAAGGUCUUGAUUUUUCUUAAUGUCUCUUAUUUUUGUGUAUUUAUUAUGUGUAUCGGGGAGGAAGCUGGCACUCGUAUUCUUAUUAUCUGUGCUCUUAUUAUUUAUAUAUUUUAA